AAUUUUAUAUGAAUUCCCGAGUGAAGUAAAAUCAAGUCAUGUUGGCUACACUGGGUUUCUAAACAUUUUCAUAUGUGAUAAGUUUCGUUUUGUAAACAGCAUUGUUUAUUUAGUAACGCCGACAGUGAAAGAAUUUAAAUUAUGCAUUAAAAAUUACUCGGUUAGAAAUAUUACAUUUCAUGGAUUAAUGAAGAAAUAAAAAGAAAUUACAUUUAGGCAAUAGUAUUAAAUGACAAUUGGAUAUGACAACGUUAAAAGGCAUUUUCCCUGAUUCAAAAUCAAUAAAAGGAAAAAAUUUCAUAUACGAAAAUGUAAAAAAUCUUCGUCAGUUGCACGCUAAUAAAGAAACAGAAGAAACACAAAAAUCACAAGUAUCCAGUCAAAGAAAGACAACUAAUAAUGCUAAUUGUAGUAAUAAUUACAACUAUGUUUUACCCAAAGUCAACACAAAUCUUCGAAUGAGAAAACACGAUACUAAUGUGAAUAUAAAUGUAAAUACUAAAUUAGAUCAACAUCAAGAACCAUGUAAGAAAACAAGUGCAUCAACUUUAAACAAAAAUAAUGUUCUUAUGAAAAAGACAAUAUAUUCGACAAGUAACAAUUUGUUAGUUAAGGAAAGAAAGACAGGACAUAAAGAAUUACAUAAAUCUAGGCAAAAAUUGCAUGAGAAUGUUUCAUUGGAUCCUGAUAUUCCAUAUAAAUCUGUUGGGGAUAAUGAUAACAACAUAAAAGUUCAAGUUAAAGUUAAAAAUCAAGGUAUUCAGACAUUGGACACAAAUGAAAUUGAGAAUUUAUAUUCUGAAGGGAUAGUUAAAUAUCCUUCAAAAAAAUAUUUGAAUUGUAAUGAAGCAACGAAAAAUGAUACAAAUGAAGAAAUUAAUGUAUCUUCAAAGAGUAUAACAAAUUCACCUUUAAAUCAAGGAGAUAUUCAAGUUUUUGAAAAAACUACACAGAAUAAAAAAAAUAAAAGUGAUACAAAAAAUUCCAAAUCUUUAUCAUCUAAAGAAGAAGUAAAUUUUAUUAAACUGAACAAAGAACAUAGCUUUGCAACUAAUAAGACGACAACUCAAGUGAAUAACAACAUCAGUAACAAUACUAACAACAACAAUAACAACAACAGCAACAAUAAUAAUCUUCCUACAAACUAUCGAAUGGGUGUAGUUCCAAAAUAUAUUAAAAAUAGAAAGGAAAUUCAAGAAAAGAUACAAAAAGCUAAACAAGAAGAAUUAGAUCCCAAUUGUCCAAAUGGUCAUGUCCCAUUACCUGAUAAUGAGCGCAAGGAAACAUUGCAAAUGUUAAAAAAAAGUUAUCAAGAUUACGUAAAUGAAUUAAAUAUGAUGCCCAUAAAAGUGGAUACCCUUAGGGCGCAGAGACGAAAAAUAGAAAUAGAAAAGCAACUGAAUAAAUUAGAAGAAGGGAUAAAAGUUUUUUCAAGACCAAAAGUUUAUGUAAAAAUGAAUGCCUAAAUUAUUCUUUUGUUAUAUAAAAUUAUAUAAUUUAAUGUAUAAGAAACAGGAAUAGAGUAGCAAAAAGAACUCCUAAAUGAUUUCCUUCACUUUUUAAUGGAGCUUAGCCAAUUUGUAAAAUUUGUUAAAUCCAAUAGAUUUAUAUUUUGAAAAUCAAAAAGUAAAAGAACAUUUGAAAACAUUAGAAUUUUAAUGUUAUUUACAUAUUUUAAAUAUACAUUAUUUUUUAUAUAUUCCAUUUCAAAUCAAGAAAAAGGGAAUAAAAUUGCCCCAAAUACACAAUGAGGUUUUAAUGUCAUUGACUAAUUACAGUACAAGCAGGAUUUAAGAGAAACAUUUCAAAAAUUUCUUUUACUUUUUGAAUUUCUAAUGUAAUUUAUAAAU